UCCUGCACCCACGUAACCCUGCAGCCCUCGGUGAGCUGAAUUGACAGUUUAAAGAUGGAGAUUUUCAUUCAGAGAUUUCAAUGAGUGCCUCGCAAGAAGAAGUGAGUGGGACUCUGACAUUUCUCUGGUAAUAGUCUGGAAAGGCUUUAUUUCAGACUACUGAUUUUUGGCCUUUGCAGAAGCCAUUGUGUAAGCUUGCCGUUGCUGUGUUUACUGUUUGGAGUAUUUAUAACAGCAGAUCAAGAGGCUCCUGAGGAGAAUUCCUCCCAGGGAAUGUUUCCGUCGCUCCCGGGGGGAAGAGACAAGCCGUCACAGACUUUGCUUGACUUCAAAAGGCAGCGCAAUAUCAACCACAACGCACAGAUUAGGCUAAAAAAUCGCAGCGCUGCCGCUUUCAAGGGCCAUAAACAGGUGGGACCCCGACAGAUAAACGGCUCUCCCAUCAGCAGGUGUCUGGAUGCUCCGCGGCGCACCGUCCUCGGCCGCCCUGUGCUUCCCAAUGGCCGGGAGUUGACCACAAGCACGAGGAUGACGCUGCGAGAGCAGCUGAGAGAGAAGAUCUCGGCGGCCUUUUACCGCCAUGGGCUGCUGUGUGCCUCCUACCCAGUACCCAUCAUCCUUUUCACCUCCGCCAGCAUCCUCACCUGCUGCUAUCCGUUGCUGAGGCUUCCCCUGCCUGGGACGGGUCCUGUGGAGUUCACCACAGGUGUGCGAGACUACAGCGUCCCUUCCCAUGAGCCUCUGGGAGAUCUAGAACGACCAGACUGGUACCACGGGCCUCCGGUCGCCUACAUCCAGCAGGUGUUGGUGAAGGCAGCCGUGUCUCCGUGGGACAGCAGCCUCGUGCCAGUGGACAUGUUUCGGUCUCCUCUGGGGAAAGUCUUCAGUCUGCUGGAGGAGAUUCGCAACCACGUGCACUCCGACGGCUCUGGCAUUCGAAGCCUGGAAGCGCUGUGUCUCCAGGUGACAGACCUGUUUCCAGGGUUGCGGCGGAUGCAGUCGGUGCUGCCAGAACACGGCUGCCUCCUCGUGUCUCCUGGCAACUACUGGCAGAACCAGCGGGACCUGUUUGACUCGGACUCGGACCUCCUCAAGACUAUUCAGAAACACGAACCGAAAGGACUGCACACCUCAGCGACGCUGCGAGACCUGCUGUUUGGCGUCCCUGGAAAGUACACAGGAGUCAGUCACUACAACAGGAAGAGAGUGGUCACAUACACAAUUACUGUGGUUCUUUCUAAUUAUGAUGCAGGCUUUCUGAGUAGCUUGCGGACCCGUCUGAAGCAGCUUCACCCGUCGGCCAACUGCAGCCUGAGAGACGACCACAUGGUCCACAUCCACUUCAAGGAGGAGAUUGGCAUCGCUGAACUAAUUCCCCUCGUCACCACAUACAUCAUACUUUUCGCCUAUAUCUACUUCUCCACCCGUAAGAUCGACAUGGUGAAGUCUAAGUGGGGCCUGGCGCUGGCUGCUGUGGUCACAGUCCUCAGCUCCCUGCUCAUGUCUGUGGGACUGUGUACUCUGUUUGGCCUGACGCCCACGCUGAACGGAGGUGAGAUCUUCCCUUAUCUUGUUGUUGUGAUCGGCCUGGAAAAUGUGUUGGUGCUCACCAAGUCUGUGGUUUCCACACCCGUUGACCUUGAGGUCAAACUUCGAAUUGCUCAGGGCCUUAGUAAUGAGAGCUGGUCUAUCAUGAAGAACAUGGCCACUGAGCUGUGCAUCAUCCUGAUUGGAUAUUUCACUUUGGUUCCAGCUAUCCAGGAGUUUUGUCUUUUUGCUGUCGUGGGGCUCGUUUCUGACUUUUUUCUGCAGAUGUUUUUCUUCACAACAGUCCUGUCUAUAGAUAUUCGCCGAAUGGAGCUGGCUGACCUGAACCGCCGGCUUCCCGCCGAAGCCGGCUUGCCUCCUUCAAAGCCGGGACCCCUGCGGACACGUGAGGCCCCUCCACCGCCUCGGCCUUCCCCUCACACAAUCACUCUGCAGACCCCGGCCUUCAGGAACCUGAGACUCCCUAAAAGACUGCGUGUUGUGUACUUCUUGGCCCGCACACGCUUAGCCCAGCGCAUCAUCAUGGCUGGUACGGUAAUCUGGAUUGGCAUCCUCGUCUACACGGACCCGGCUGGAAUCCGCACCUACCUGGCUGCGCAGGUGUCCGAGCAGAGCCCCCUGGGGGACUCCGGCGGAGGCGGUUUAAGCCCCCAUCUGGCGGUGGCACCGGUUUUUCGUGGCGGGGAUCCUACCAGCACCCUGAGCAUCCACCAUGCUCCGCCUCCAACUCCUCUACCCGAAAACCAAUCACAAGGUCACCUUGGCCCAGCAGGACCUCUUCCCCAUGCCCCGCCCUCCGUGCCCCAGAUCACCUGGGGGGCUGAAGAUGAGGAAGGAUGGAGGAGAUUGUCUUUUAGACAUUGGCCGUCGCUUUUCAGCUACUACAAUAUAACUUUAGCAAAGAAGUACAUCAGCCUUCUUCCGGUAAUUCCCGUCACGAUUCACUUGAGCCCCCAGGAGGCCAUCGACACACGUCACCCUCAGGACACGAGACACCCUCCUCAACUAAUCCCUAAAGUUUCUGCAGAUAUACAGACAGACCUCACCCUCUACAAGGUGGCUGCUUUGGGCCUGGCUGCAGGGGUCCUGCUGGUUCUUCUUCUCUUCUGUCUCUACCGCGUUCUCUGCCCCCGUAACUACGGCAGAAAUGGUGUUGCUCACGGGCGUCGGCGACGAGGCGACCUGCCUUGCGACGAUUACGGUUAUUCUCCACCUGUCAGUGAGAUCUCUCCUCUGCUGCUGAGGGGACACAGUAUGGACAUCGAGUGUUUGGCUAGCGAUGGGAUGUUGCUGGCCAGCUGUUGCUUGGCGGGACAGAUCCGUGUUUGGGAUGCCCAGACUGGUGACUGCCUGACGGUCAUCCCAAAGCAACGAUUAAGACGAUGCAGCAGCAGUGGCUGUUGGGAGCAGCGAGACGUCUGGGACACGAUAACUGCAGAGUCCGACUGUGCCUGUGAAUCCAGAGACCCGAAUCUCGGCUGUAACGGUGUAUCGGAGGACGACUGCUACCCGCUGAGACGUCGCACCGCUCCGACCCGGCCCCCUCUCUUCACCGACCAGCCCGACCUGACUCCGCUCAUUGACACCAACUUUACCUCCCAGCCGCCCUCCAACCUCGCCACGCCACCCAGAGGAGGGUUUGACUUCGGAGGUCUGGUGGAGCGCGCCUACAUGGAGCAUGAGCCUCCGUCGCCGUCUACAUACCCGUCUCCUUCCUCUGCCUCCUCCUCGCCUCCUUCAGCCACACAUCUCCAGAGGACCCAGAGCCUGGGGGACACAUCCGGGCCCCCACAUCAGGCUGCCGGGGCUGGGACGCAGUCUGCUGGAGACUGGGAAAGCUCCGUCUGGGCCAUGGAGCUGAGAGGGAACCUGAUAGCUGCUGGGAGGAGCAGCGGCAAACUGGAGCUGUGGGAUGCAGUAGAGGGGUCUCUGCGGUGCAGUAAUGAAGAUGGAGUCUCUGGUAUCACUGCGCUCGCAUUUCUUAACAACAGAAUCGUGGCAGCGCGACUGAACGGGUCGUUAGAUUUCUUCACUGUUGAGAUUAACAAACCUUUGGGUCUGCUGCAGUACAGAGGAACCCCUGGGCGAGGCAGCAUGCCCCCGUCUCCCUGUUACAGCAGCGAGGACCUGAUCAGCUGUCAGCUCACUCGCUCUGUACAGUGUGCCCACCAGAAGCCGAUCACUGUGUUGCGAGCGGCCGCAGGCAGGGUGGUCACCGGCAGCCAAGACCACACAGUCAGGGUUUAUCGUCUGGAGGACUCCUGCUGCCUUUUUACCCUGCAGGGUCACUCUGGGGGGAUCACAGCCAUCUACAUUGACCAGACGAUGGUUCUAGCAAGCGGUGGGCAGGAUGGCGCCAUCUGCCUGUGGGAUGUCCUGACAGGAAGCCGCGUCAGCCAUGUCUACGGUCACCGUGGCGACGUCACCUCCCUGGUCUGCACUACCUCCUGUGUCAUCAGCUCAGGACUGGAUGACCUCAUCUGUAUCUGGGACCGCAGCACUGGCAUCAAACUGUACUCCAUACAGCAGGAGGUUGGCUGUGGGGCCAGUCUUGGCGUGAUCUCUGAGUCUCUGCUGGUGACGGGGGGCCAGGGCUGCGUCUCCUUCUGGGACCUGAACUUUGGCGACUUGCUGCAGACCGUCUACCUGAGCCAGAGCGGCGACGGUCAGGGCGUCCGGCAGCUGCUGGUGCUGGACAAUGCCGCCAUCGUCUGCGACUUCGGCAGCGAGCUCAGCCUGGUCUAUGUUCCCUCAGUGCUGGAGAAACUGGACUGAGGAAGAUGGGCAGCUGGCACCGGGUGGGAAACACUCACUCGGCUCUAUCAUCUUACUUUUUCUUUUUCAUAUCAAUUAUGAGAAGUUCAGAUGUUGAGAAAGGAAAAAAAAACUAUCUCAAGGGUCAUGGGAUAUGAAAUCAAAUCCACCAUUCCCCAUCUUUUUGUUCAUUGUAAGUGCGAGCUUGUGCGUUUGCUUCGUUGCUCUGCCCUGGAUGCUGCUGUCUUGGAUGGGACUUUCUGUGAUCUGACCCUCUGAAUGAGGAAGAUGGAGCAGUUUCAUGUUUUGUCUGUUUUUGUUUUUUUUAUAUUUCUGCUGUGCCGUUUCACUUGACAGAAAAGUUAAGUCACAGUUCUACAGUCUGUUGGGAUGAGCAGAUUAUGCGAGAGUGUGUGUGUGUAUAAAACCUAAUCCAAGCCUUUUUUUUUUCUCCAAGCAAACACCUUCUGAAAGGAAGAACUGAAUUGUGAGGAGGAAGUGUGUGUAUGCGUGUGUGUGUGUGAGUGAGUCAGGAUGGGGGAAAACUGGUGAUUACUGUAAAAAGUAAACCUCCGGUGGAGGAUGUUUUUAUAUGUAUAAAUCUAUUAUUUAUUAGCAAUAUGUUUUAAGUAACAGUUUGUCUGUGAGUGGCUAAUCCCAACUCUUUAACUUCAAUAUUAAGUGGAAAUGAUGAUGACUAAAUGUAGGAAGGUGUUUGUUUGGCAGCGUUGAGCCAACUUUUUAAACUGGUCGCUUUUAAUAUUAAGCUGGAAAGUGUUGGAGGUGUUGGGUCCAAACUGCCCCUGGGUCCUGCGGGAGUGGGCGGGGCUGGGGGCAGCGUCUGAUUCACGCUACUCCUUCAUCAGGCUACCUCCAUUCUUGAAUUUUGUUGACUGAUGAUGUUGUGCACGAGUUCUUACCGCCUUCUUUAUGCUUGUCGCCUUCUGAGGUUAUUAUUCCGAAUCAUUUUAUGACGGUCAAGUCCAGACUUCCCAAAGUAAAUCUCAGUAACUUUAUCAUUUUUCUAGCAGAAUAAAAGAACCAAAUCAUUGCCAUGCACUGGGACGUUGUUACUGAAGGAAGAAAAGGCAAAGUUAACUAUUUCUGUAUCAGUAAAGUGUUUAAAAAUGAAACCUUGAAAGUGGAAGAAGCAAUUUCACAGAAAUUUUGGUUCAUUCAGGCUUCAAGACUCUAGAUAAUGAAAGUUAAAGAAGCUGGAUCUGGAAAUGUUGGCAGGCUCUUUAACAGAGUGGAGGUAAGGUUUUACUUUACCAGUGAAAGUGAUGUUCAAAGCACAUUCUGUAAUGUUUUACGGUAAUUCCUGCAUCAUAGUUGCUCAGUUUAAUGUUGCUUCUACUCAUGGCAGGAAGACUAGAGUAAAAUAUUGAAAAUAUGGUACUUGGUACUUUUCCAAGUUGCAUUCUUUGAAUUACCUGCCAGAAAAACAGGUCAGAAAAACGCUUUCAUUAGACUGAAUAAAAGGAAUCAAACUUCUGUUCCCUGAUCUCGUCACGUGCAGUUUAGAAAACUGUUUAGAAUGUAAUCCACAUCCACAUAUGAUCAACUUUUUUCCCCCGAAACAAAGAAAAUUCAGAAUGUAUUUUCUCCAUCUUCCCAGCUACAGUUUGUGUCUUAUGAAUGUAGCCUCACAGCAUGAAUUGAGUGCACUACUAACUGACUCUGUUUGAUAUGUUCACACAUUUUAAUGCACUUUUUUGUUAAUGUCAUCUUCCAGUUAGGAGCAGUGGGUGUGUUUAGGCUCCCACACAACUGCAGCACGGUAACACAAGCUGUGGUUUCUCUGGGAUGCUGCCAACGUGUUUACAUUCAGGGAAUAACCAGCUGACCCUCGCAGAUUAUGAGAACUCGGGUUUUCUAAUUAUUAUUCAAACAGGCAGUCAAAUUGCACCUGCAUCCCACAGAAACCAGGCCAUGUUGCCGCCUUGUUCGUUUGUUUCCUGCUGUCUAGUAGAGAAAAGCUUUGGAACUAGAUGUCGUUUUUGUUUUUUGAUAUUUUCUAACUGGUUUUCCUUCUAGAAAUGUGAAUGAGUUGAAGCUGAAGUUUGGCAUUUUAGAAAAUAUAAAUGUUUUUAAGUGCUGAGAACAGAAUAUUUACAUCCAAGUAGGACGACACCGCAAAGCACAAAAAAUAAUCUGACGUAAAGUCUUCCUGAAAGGGAUAAAUCUACCCUGUGGAGAUAUUUCUUAUUGCUGCUAAAUAUUAGAAAAACAUGUGACUGAUAAUGAAAUUAGGGCCACUGACUGACUCUGCCUUUCUUUCCUCUGAGUUUGAGAAACAAAUCAGAACUCUGACUUUAAUCUGGAAAAUAACUCUUAGCCAAAAAACAGGGUAGAAUUUACUUUUUGAUAGAGACAAUGUUUUGACUUUUUCACAUUUUUCUGUUCAAAUUCCUUUUUUUUUCUCAAUUGGAGAAACAAGUCAGAAUUCUGGCUUUAAUCUCAACGCUUAUAAUUAGAGUCCUCCAGCUAAAAACACUGAUUAAAAAAGUAAAAAAAAAAAAGGCAAAAAACCAAGUUAAUUUCAGAGAUUCCUCAGCAAAAAGACUGACAAAAAGUCAGAAAUUUAGUUUUUAUUUACCUGAAUUCAGACAUUUUUCCCUCUCUGAUUUUGAGAAGUCAGAAUUCUUCAUCUUUAUAAAAACAUCUUCAGAAACUCAUCAUCCAAAACAAGCAAAAUAAUGCCGUAAAUCCACCAGAAAAGUUAUUUCUCCUCCGACACAACUAACGUCUUUGAAGCUGGUUGCUCUGAGGUGACCAAUCUGAAUUUUAACAGAGCACCCCAACAUUCAGUGGCUUAAAUCUUUUUCCUUAAAAUGACCGCAGGCGUUGAACCCACAAUUUUUCCACUCUUCGUUGUCCCUCAAUCGUCCCUUGUUCCAUUCCAUUGGUUAAUCAGUACACAGUGUGGUAGCUAUUAAAAAUUAUUCAUAUUUGCCAAAAUGCCAAUGAUUUUUUUUAAGGAGCAAGUUCACUUUAGUCUUAGCCUUUUUAUGAAUGUUUUGGUUCAGAUAUGGACUUUUUAUAAUAAUCCAUAUUCAGCAGCAUUUUGCCUGGUAGCUGAUGAGCUCUGUGCUUCAUGCGAACACCUUCCCAUGCUUUCAGUUUCUCCAUAUCAAGAGUUUGUGGCUGCAGAGAGAUGCAAACAGAUCCUGUACCUGGGCAGAAAUCAGUCAAUAGAAUUUUAUCUCCACAUCUGGACAUACCGUUAAGCAGAGCAAAGAAAACUCUGCUUCUCAUAAUAUAUUUCUGCAGGCUGGUGUAACAGAGGUAACUUAUUUUGUAACAAAAAUGUAAGACUUUGUACUAAUUUUCAAAUAAAGAGGCUUUGAUACAAUA